AUGAGAGGAGCUAGUAAUAUACGCGGGCAAGGGUAUGAUGGAGCUAGUAACAUGAGAGGAGAGUGGAAUGGCUUGCAAGCUUUAAUUUGUAAUGAAUGUCUAUAUGCAUAUUACAUCCAUUUUUUAGCCCAUCGCCUCCAACUUGCUUUAGUUGCAGCUUCUCGAGAAGUAAGUCAAGUUCAUCAAUUUUUUACUACCUUGGUUUUCAUUAUCAAUAUUGUUACUGCAUCUUGCAAGUGUAAUGAUGAAUUUAAGGAGGCUCAAUCUGUUGAACUUGCUACUAAUAUUGCAAAUGAUGAAAUCGAAUCAGGGACGGGGCUAAAUCAAAUUGGCACCUUAAAGCGAGCUGGAGAUACUCGUUGGGGUUCUCAUUUGGAUUAUAUUUCUAGCUUGCUAAAAAUGUUUAAUGCAACUUGUGUGGUUGUGAGUAAAAUUGCAAAAGAAAAAGUUUCAUAUUCUCAACGUGGAGAUACAUAUUUUGCUUGCAAUCAAUUAUUAUCUUUUGAGUUUGUUUUCAUAUUACAUCUUAUGAAAGAAAUUUUGGAAAUUACUCGUAUUUUUUGUGUAGCCUUACAGCGACAAUCACAAGAUAUUUUGAAUGCAAUGCAUAUUGUUGCAAAGAAGUUCUAUCCUCAUGAUUUCUCAGAGCAAGAAGUAGUACGUCUAAGAAUUGAACUUCAACAUUUUGUACUUGACAUUCCAAAUCAUCCUGAAUUACAUAAUUUAUCUAGUAUUCAUAAAUUGUGUCAAGACUUGGUGAAAACAAAGAAAGCAAUUAUGUAUCCUCUUAUUGACAGAUUACUUAGGCUUGUUCUUACUCUUCCUGUAUCAACAACAACUACAGAACGAGCAUUUUCUAUCAUGAAAAUUAUCAAGACAAAGCUCUGA